AUGGCGAGGCCUCCAACGCUGCUGCUCGCCCAGCAGCUGCAAGACCCCCGCCCCACGCUGCUCCGUUCCCUGGGCUCAGAGUCGCAGCAGCAGCAGCACCAGCUGCUGCUGCAGCAGCAGCAGAAGGAACCGGGGAUUCGGUCAUCAGCAGCAGCACCAGCAGCAGCAGCAGCAAACGCAGAUUUCAAAUGGCACCAGCAGCAGCUGCACGUCCAGCAGCAGCCCUACUUGCCGUAUGUGAUCUCAGAGCAGCAGCAGCAGCAGCAGCAGCAGCGCAGCAGCCUCAAGCACCAAGCACCAUCCCUGCAGCAGCAGCAGCCGCCGCAGCACCCAACAGCAGCAGCUGCAGCAGCAGCAGCAGCAGCAGCAGCAGCAACUGCGUUUUCUCCUGCGGAGCAACAGAUCCUUAAGGAAGCUUUUGCUGUUUUCGACAGAGACGGAGAUGGUUUGCUGCAGCCCAAAGAGUUCAGAGCUGCAUGCACCGCCCUAGGUGUACAGACACCUGAACCUACGGCCGAGAGAAUGCUGCAGCUGCUGAGUGCUUCCCCCGGAAUAUCUUUCAGCAGCUUCUGCUCUUUUGCUGCUGGCCUUUUGCCGCAGCAGCAGCAGCAGCAGCUCAGCGACCCGCAGCAGCUCUUUGCUCUUUUUGAUGCUGACAAUAAAGGGUACAUAACUCUAGAAGACCUUAUUGCUGCUGCUGAGUGCUGCGGCUCUCCUUUUACUCCGGAGCAGCUGCAGCUGAUGCUGCGCCACUUAGCAGCAGGCAGCAGCAGCAGCAGCAGCAGCAGCGGUGGUGGCGAGCGGGUGUAUCUGCAACAGUUUAAAAAGCUGUUUGCAGAUAAGCAAAUGCUGGCCAGGAGGAAGUAG